AUUCUUGACGAGCUCGUCAUGGAGUAAAGAGGGAGGGGAAAUUUUCUACAUUUUUAUUUGAAUUUCGCUCCUAGAUACGGAAACUGGUAAGUUAAAUUUAACAAAUUUUUAUAAAUAUAUCAAUGUAGAAUAUAAAACAAGAAUAAUAAAACAAUAUAUAUAUUAUGUCCAAAGCCAUUUUUGAUAAAGUUUAUAAAACAGUUGGGCAUUAUUUAUAGCAUACAAUAUCUAAAAUAUAUAAUAUGAGAAUAAGUGUCGUAUACGAAAAUGCUAGGAGAUACUUGAAAUUCCCAAGUACCAAAGUAAACAAAAGAAUCUAUUCAAACCUUUAAUAUAUAAACUCACUGAAUACAUCUACGUUAUCUAUUGACUGAUAAAUAAAGGAUAUAAGCAAACUAAGAGAGUAAUUGCGUUCAAUUAGCGUUGUAAACCUAUAACCCUGAUGUGUUUUAGUUCAGGUAAUGAAUUAAAUUAGUUAAUUAUAGAUACUGUGUAUAUGUGAAAUAUGGUGGUAUAUACAAGAAACAUGCAUAUAUAAAACAUAUACUCUGCAUGUAUAACAAGCAUAUCAGUACAUAUGAAACGUGUAUGUAUAUAAUAACAUAGAAUAUUUAAUGACACUGUAAUUAUUAUAAUCACUAAUUAAAAAUUCCAUGUGUAUAACGCAAAUAGUUACAUUUAUUUAACACUGAAAUAGAGUCGCUUGUAGCAUAUUUCAUGUAAUAAUUAAGUAUUCUUAAAUGGCCUUUCUAUCCAAAAAUCAGAAAGUGAAUCUCUUAGACGCGCUAAAAAUGGACUUCGUUCUUGUCAUCAACCCUGUUUUUUUCUUAAUUUUUUUUUAAUUUACUUACCUUGUAAAAUAAAAGAUUUUUUGUUCAUUAAACUAGGUACAUCAUUCUUUUUUCUUUCACAAACUAUUUUUAAGCUUUAUUAUCUUGAUUGACGUAAGAGUUUUUCGUUGUUUUUCUUUUUUUUAUUAUUUACGAAGACAACCCCUUGUAAAGCCUUUAUUAAUUUUAGAUAGAAAUAUCAAAUACUUUUUUGAUUUUAUCCCCAAUUCUAUACAUUUAUUGAUUAAGAAAUUUCUGAGAACAUUAUAGAGCGAAAUUGCUCUAUAAAAAAACCUUAAAACGAAAUUCGCGGGCGGAAGUGACGUUUUGCAUAUCUAUGGCAAUAGCUUUGAUUGCGCAUGCGUCAGUGUCAAAAAAGAACGAUCAGAGACAAGAGAGAUCCAGCAAGAAAUAUCUUUGAAUAUCACUGUUAAAUCAUUAGGUAAAAGUGGAUCGCCUAAAGAAAAUUAAAGAAAAAUCUAUAAUCUACAGAACAUUUUCGAUUUUAUUCUUUUAGCCCGGUAAGAUAGGGUAUAUUUUUUUGUUUCUAUCCUCUAAAAAUUUUUAAUGUUAUUUUAUGAUUUAUUCGCUUUCUAAAUGUUGUAGGGCGUUUAUUACAAAAAAAUGGAAUUGCGAGUAGGUAAUAAGUAUCGUCUGGGCAGAAAAAUUGGAAGCGGAUCGUUCGGAGACAUAUAUCUAGGCACUGACAUAACCAAUGCCGAGGAAGUCGCUAUUAAACUAGAAUGUGUGAAAACAAAGCAUCCACAAUUACACAUCGAAAGCAAAAUAUAUAAAAUGAUGCAAGGAGGCGUUGGAAUUCCCACCAUUAAAUGGUGCGGAGCCGAAGGAGACUACAACGUCAUGGUUAUGGAGCUACUGGGACCUAGUUUAGAAGAUCUUUUUAAUUUCUGCACAAGAAAAUUUAGCCUGAAAACAGUACUUUUACUGGCGGACCAAUUGAUAAGUAGAAUAGAAUAUAUCCACUCGAAAAAUUUCAUCCAUCGUGACGUUAAGCCUGACAAUUUUCUGAUGGGUCUUGGAAAAAAGGGUAACCUUGUGUAUAUUAUCGAUUUUGGUCUGGCAAAAAAGUAUAGAGAUGCCCGAACGCACCAGCAUAUCGCUUAUAGAGAAAACAAAAAUCUCACGGGUACUGCUCGAUAUGCCAGCAUCAACACACAUUUGGGUAUUGAACAAAGUCGGCGGGAUGAUAUGGAAUCGUUGGGAUAUGUUUUUAUGUAUUUUUUGAGGGGAUCUCUUCCCUGGCAAGGUUUAAAGGCAGCUACAAAGAGACAAAAAUAUGAAAGAAUUUCAGAAAAGAAAAUGUCAACACCUGUGGAGGAGUUGUGUAAAAGCUUCCCAGGAGAAUUUGCAACCUAUUUAAAUUUUUGCAGGUCAUUACGAUUCGAUGACAAGCCAGAUUACAGCUAUUUACGUCAAUUAUUUCGAAAUCUUUUCCACAGACAGGGAUUCACUUAUGAUUAUGUAUUCGAUUGGAAUAUGUUAAAAUUUGUAAGUAAUCCUUAGGACUAAGAGACUAGUUUAUUUUAUAUCGAAAGUAUGAAGGCUAUCUUUUGAGCACAAAAACUUUCCCUAAAAUUUUAUCGUUUAACUUAAAGGAAUUUUAAGCGAAAUUUUAAGUCUAUUUAAAUUCUAUCGCUCUAACAACCAAUAAUAAAAGUAUCCACAUGGAACGCCCUUUCAUUGUAAGAUUCUCAUGUUGACUGAAACUCUGCCAACACUUCUAUUCUCAUGUAGGCGAAAUUUUUUAAAUAGUCACCCUGAACAUUUAAAUCACAAUACCAAUCAUGUUUACAUGUCUUCAUGGAUAUUACGAAGGCUACGAUUGUCUCUAAUAUUGGUUUAAAGAUCAAAUUGCGAAUAUUUUGUAAAAAAAAUUGCCUUAACGCCUAAACUAACGAACAAUGGCUUCAUAGUACAAGCUCUCGUAAGAUCAAACAAAAUAUUUUGUACUGCUUAGGCCUGUUGGUAAUAUAAAAUUUCACCAGUCCUCGACAUUGACUUUUUUCAAGUUUAUGUUUAUUUAAUUGCAAUUUUACUAUCCCUUAAUCGUACUUUUCAGGGCGGAAAUAGCAGAGGUACAGAGAGCAGAGGAACAGAAAAUAAAGGUCCUCCCGACAGAAGAACUUUUCAAAGUGGAACAAGAGCAGCUCUACCCAGCAGCGCAAGAGCGCCAAUUCCUAGCAAUUCCAGAACACCGAUUCCCAACUAUAGACCACAGUUACCUAGUGCAAGAGCGAGGCCAGAAGGAAGAGCAGUGACAAGACAACCACAAACACCCGUAAAUUUCGGACAAGGUAAUUUUUAAGGAAUUUUUAAAGAAGUACUGAUUCUGUAAAACUAAUCUCGGAAAUGUUCUUGUAUUGUAUUCAUUCUACAUACUCACCAUUUGAUGUUAAGAGUUUAGAAAGACUUGGGUUUCUUGACUGUAUUUUAGAAUGCAUUUGAAAGUAGGUCAUUGAUAAAAUGACACUUUUAUCUUAAACAGUUUUAAAUAUCCUUAAACAUCGAAAGUAUUUGGGAUACUAAUUUGGAAAGUAUUUUUGAAGGAAACCUUUAACUUAUUUUUCAGAUUUACCAGUUACUAGAGAUUUUUUUAUUCUACUUAAAAAAUUAAAAAAAGAUCGUAUACUUAAUAAAGUGCUAGCUUAUACUCAAUUCGUAAAAAUUUUCAAAGAGAACCAAGUAAAACAACUUAAUUCGCCAAACUAGUUUAUAUAGCAGAGAAACAACAUCAAAAAUCAGAAGAGCAGUUUCUUUUUAACCACUGCAGACGGACUCCAUUGUAAUUCCCGAUUUAUUGAAUUACAAUGUUUUUAGACUCAAUUUUUUCAUCCUCAAGCUUAGUCACUAAAUCCCGAUAGGUUGAACCCCCAACACGACAGUGCGGUGCUUAGGUUCCGCUAAUUUAGUUUGGUGCUAAGAAAACAUUUUAGGGAAAUUUAAUACAGUCUGGUACUCAAGUCAACGUUCUAAUAUACAAAACUCUUAUUACGGUGUCGUCGAUUGAAUAUUAUUUUGUCCAGAAUUUUGAACUGUAUUAUUGGUAACCAAUUAUCUCACUGGCCCGAAGUUUGUUUAUAUAAGAAAAUAAACGGUCUCCGCGGUAAAGUACAUUGUAUGAUAUAUUUUUGCAUAUUUUUACCAAUAAAAAUAAAUAUGUAAUAAUUGUACGUGAAAGAUAUUAUUCUGAGCAACACAUUUGUUUUAGCUUGAAUUAAAUCAAAAUCACUCAAUUUCUAGAUGUUUAUGCAGUAUACUGCUUAAAAGGCAAAGGAAACCUUUACAAAAUGAAAUUACUUGGAUUUGAUUCAGAGUAAUUUUGUGUUAUUAAGCUUCCCAAUGACCUAAAUAAAUUUAGAAAAAAACUAUUAAAAGAAUAAAUUCAUCGAACUCGUUAUAAUUUUAAGAUUAGGUGAAUAAUAUUAGUAUACAAAUGUAUACAGUGUAUAUAUGUAAACUAGUGUACAUAUGUAAAUGCGUAUAAUCUUAACGGAAUAGAUAGAUUCUAAGGGAAAUUUUGAACUGAUAGCAUAACAAAACGACCAAGUGUAGAAUAAAGUCAUUUGACUCAUUUAAAUGAUUUGCCUAAAUGCGAUUACAUUUAAUACAGAAUGAUUUAAAUGAAUUAUUCGUAAUCCAUCUGGCGUUGAAUCAUUCACUGAAAUAUUACUGAAUUCAACUCUAGCUCUUGUCUACCUCUGUCAGAAUGCAUUAUAAUUUCCACUCAUGUCUUUAAUUACGAGCUUUUCCCUGAAAAAAAAGCUUAAAGAUAGUUUUACUGUGAUAGCUUAAGCUAACGAAAAUCUGUGAUUAUUUGAAUAGCUUCCAAAAUCCAUCUUUAUUUCGAUUUCCCUUUCUUAUCUUUAUUUCUCUUCCUCUCUUGUACAAAUACCCUAAAUCAAAGUAAACAAUACUAUGUCAAAGUCGCAUGAAACAAUUCCCAGAUGUUAAUUAUACACGGAAAAGUGAACAAAGAAUCCGCAUUCAUUCUCCCUCAUGAAUAUGACAUUUGUCAUUGUUUAUUGGAGGUAUAGAGGAUGUUAAUUGCCUUUGUCUGUAGAAUAUUCGAGAAUGACUACAAGAUUCCCGCAACGAAGUUAUUACUUCCGCUUUUGGUUUCCAGCGAAUAGUAAUAACAGAAAGGAGAAUAAAAAGUGCUUUUCCGAAUCUACAAGCAUUGUAUUAGUUUCAAAAUGCUUAUAAAUACAUUUAUAAAUAAAUCUAAAAAACACGCUCUCCUAACCUUCGUGUAGCAUAAAUCAGCGUCUAAAAUAGAAUAGCUUAUUAUUAUUUCUAAAAUUAAUAAUUUUACAAUAUUAAUUAUAACAUUGCGUGUCUGAAGAAAAAGAAUUUAUUACAUAUGUGCUUUUGUUGAAUUUGUACAGAUAUGAAUUCUAGGAAUUUACCAUUAUUCCUAUAUUUAUCUGAAAUAUCUAUUGUUUAGUUUUUGAUGAUUUCUUUUCUAUGUAAAUAUAAUGGAAAAUAUCUUUUUUCAUUUUGUUUAUUUAUCUUCUUCACUACGCUAAAAAAAACAGCUUUUCUCACGAACCUCUUAAUAUCUUUAGCAGGUUUCUAGAUCCGCGUCAAAUAUUCUCGUCUUGCUUCCCUACUCUCCCUUUUUGUUUUUCUUCUUCUUGAGUUGUUUCACUUCUAAUAGAAUCUACCAAUUAUUAAAAUACUUUUUAAGGAACGCAUAAAAUAACAGACUGGAAAUUUUAUUUGCCUUUACCAGGUAUCUUCGAUUACUUUCGGGAUAAGAACAGCAGCAAUUAAUUAUGGAAUGGGUUCCUUACUAUUAAAAUUGGUAUCGUAUUUAAUUAUAAAGUCUGCUUUACCAUACAUCUUUAUUUUUUUAAAAAGGAAAUAGUUAAAUCUUCUCAAUCAUUAUAAGUCUUACUGGCAGCAAUGAUUGCUUUAUUUCAUCACUUUCCUGUUGCAGGUUAUCAUUCUAUAUCCUCUGAUUAUUAAAUUUAACAGUUUUACUGUGGAUCUUUCUACCUGAAUUAGCUUUCGGCAUUUAUAUCGAGAAUGACUUUUUCCUUGGGUAGUUUUAAGACGCCCAAAUUGAAAUUACUCACACUUUUAUUGGCCAAUUCGGUAUUUUUAUUUUUGUUACUGACCCGAAUUCUACUUUAUCAUUCUGUUUGCAGCUAAGGUUCAAUUUAAACCAUUUACGAAACAUUCACUAAUGUCUUAAUAGUAUGAACGGUUGUUAGUUGUGCUCUUGUAUUCUCUUUUAGUCUGGACCAAUGUAGAUGGCUCUUGCUAUAAUUUAUUCAUAGUUGUUCUGAUUGUACAGUUUCCAGUUCGUAGUACAUUAAAUAUUUUAUAUCCUUUUAAAUUUAGACUAAAUGACCUUAUUCAUUGGUCUCUUUCAAAUUCAACUUAUAUUUAUCGUCUAGAACCUAAUGCUUAUUGCAUGGAAAUCGAUUUAUAAAAAAAUUGAUAUUGGUCUUGGUCUUCGAUAUACUAAAAAAAACUCUUAAUGAGCUCUCAGUACUUUUGAAUUUUCCUAUUUUCCAAUUUAUGCAAAUGAAUAUGUUAAUUAUUGAAUAUUUUAGACAAUUAUUAUGCUAAACAGGA